AUGCCCAUGGUUGAGGUCAUGGGGACUGAUGGGCCAGCUUUGGUGUACACACAAUGGACACACGAUGAUGUUAAAAAUGCAGCAGACCUCUUGCCAAGCCCAGAAGAAGAUGGAGUGAAGUUUGUCACCAAGUCUCAGGACUUCUACAGAGAAAUGAGGUCCACGGUUGCUGAAAUUUGUCGCAUCCUGGCCAAAAAGAUCAAAGCCUGCGAUCUGGCCGAGCUGUCUCUGGGUGUGGAGGAGAAGUUAUUGCUGCAGACGGAGGUCCGUUCCCUGAAAGAGAGGCUGAGUCGCUGCGACUCUCUGGAAGCCUCCACCACUGCCAUCACUGGCAAGAAGCUGUUACUGCUGCAGAGUCAGAUGGAGCAGCUUCAGGAGGAGAAUUACAGACUUGAGAACAGCAGAGACGACGUGCGUGUGCAGGCAGAACUCCUGCAGCGCGAGGUGGCCGACCUGCAGCACCGCAACGAGGAGCUGACGAGCCUGGCGCAGGAAGCUCAGGCUCUGAAAGACGAGAUGGACGUUCUCAGGCACUCCUCUGACCGGGUGAACCAACUGGAAGCGCUGGUGGACACCUACAAGAGGAAGCUGGAAGAUCUGGGAGACCUGCGCAGACAGGUGCGCCUCCUGGAGGAGCGCAACACCGUGUACAUGCAGCGCACCUGCGAGCUGGAGGAGGAGCUCCGGAGGGCGAACGCCGUCCGCAAUCAGCUGGACACCUACAAGAGACAGGCUCAGGAGCUUCACUCCAAGCACUCAGCGGAGGCUAUGAAGGCUGAGAGGUGGCAGUUUGAGUACAGAAACCUUCAUGACAAGUAUGAUGCACUGCUGAAGGAGAAAGAACGUUUGAUGUCGGAAAGAGACACGCUUCGGGAGGCUAACGAAGAGCUGAGGUGUGCACAGGUCCAGCAGGGCUGUCUGAACGGAACAGAUUUGGGGGACAGUGGAGUGGCAGUGGGAAACCUCGCUGCAGAGAUUAUGCCGACUGAGCUCCGGGAGACGGUGGUGCGGCUGCAAAGUGAAAACAAGAUGUUGUGUGCUCAGGAGGAGACCUACAGACAGAAACUUGUCGAGGUCCAAACUGAGCUGGAAGAGGCUCAGCGCAGCAAGAAUACUCUUGAAGCUCAGAACAGGUUGAACCAGCAGCAGAUCUCCGAGCUGCGUUCUCAGGUGGAGGAGCUCCAGAAGGCGCUCCAAGAGCAGGGGAGCAAGAAUGAAGAUGCCAUUUCGUCCUUAUUAAAGAAGAAGCUUGAGGAGCACCUGGAGAAGCUCCAUGAAGCUCACUCGGACCUCCAGAAGAAAAAGGAGGUCAUCGAUGACCUGGAGCCCAAAGUGGACGGCAACAUGGCCAAGAAGAUCGAUGAGCUCCAGGAGGUCCUUCGCAAGAAAGAUGAGGACAUGAAGCAGAUGGAGGAGCGAUACAAACGCUACGUGGAGAAGGCCAGAACGGUGAUCAAAACCCUGGAUCCCAAACAGCCGGCGGUGACUCCUGACAUUCAGGCUCUGAAGAACCAGCUGACGGAAAAGGAGAGAAAAAUCCAGCAUCUGGAACAUGAUUUUGAAAAGAGCCGUGUCAGACACGACCAGGAGGAGAAGCUCAUCAUCAGUGCGUGGUACAACAUGGGAAUGGCUUUGCACCAGAAAGUGUCAGGCGAGCGACUGAGUCCCUCCCACCAGGCCAUGUCCUUCCUCGCCCAGCAGAGACAGUCCACCAUGGCCAGGCGAGGUCUGACUCGACACCUCCCACGAUGAGACGCAGGCAGGACGAUGAUCCCACCGCGAAGAGAAGACUUCAGCUGAGCUCUUCUCUGGCUGCUGCAACACUUUUAGUUUGUAUUUCCCCUCACGUGCUGCUGCUGCCCCCUGCUGAAGCAGUGGAGCUGGUACUACUGUUUGUGUG